AUGACGGAUACAGGAAACCUCACUGUUCUAAGCAGCUUCAUCCUCUUGGGUUUCUCUGAUGCCCCAGAGCUACAAACCACCAUCUUCACAGUCUUCUUAUCCCUCUAUGUUUUCAUGGUGCUGGGGAACCUGACGAUGAUCCUGCUGAUCAACACUGACCCCCACCUCCACAUUCCCAUGUACUUCUUCCUGAUCCACUUAUCUUGCAUGGAUGUUUGCCUUUCCUCUGCUAUCAUCCCAAAAGCUCUGGAGACCUUCCUGCUGGGGAGAAGCCACAUCUCCUUUUGGGGUUGCUUUGCCCAGAUGUAUAUUUUUGUGGCUCUGGCUGUCUCUGAGAGCUUCCUGCUUGGGGUAAUGGCUUAUGACCGAUACACGGCUGUGUGCAAGCCCCUGCUCUACACCACUACCAUGACCAGGGCGCGUUGCUAUGGCAUGAUGGUGCUGGUGUACAGCAUCGGGUUCCUCACCUCCCUGGUGCACAUCACACUGGCAGGGAGGUUGUCCUUCUGUCAGGCCAGGAGCAUCAACCACUUCUUCUGUGAGCUGCCCACCCUCCUGCAGCUCUCCUGCUCAGACACCCACAGAAACAAGUUUGUGUUGGUGUCCAGAAAUCACACCCAGAUUGAAUUCAUUCUCUUGGGAAUUACAGACAGCCCAUGUCUGCAGACUCCUCUUUUUGUCUUGUUUCUAUUGAUUUACAUUGUCACUCAGGUGGGGAAUGUUGGGAUUAUCAUCUUGGUUUGGGUGUCUCCCAGCCUCCACACCCCCAUGUACUUCUUCCUCACCCAUUUUGCCUUCACUGACAUCUGCUAUUCCACAGUCAUCUCCCCCAGGAUGCUGGCAGACCUGUUAUCAGAGGACAAAACCAUUUCUUUCACUGGCUGCAUGAUGCAGUUCCUCACCUUUGCUUUUUUUAGUACUAUUGAGUGUCAUCUCCUGGCCAUGAUGGCCUACGACCGGCACAUUGCUAUCUGCCAGCCCCUGCUUUAUGUGACCAUCAUCUCCAGCCGCAUCUGCUGGCAACUGAUAGCAUCAUCCUACCUAUUCGCCUUCCUCAGUGCCAUCAUCUACACAUGGUGCCUGUUUGGAGGUUCCUUCUGUGGUCCCAACCACAUUGACCACUUCUUCUGCGACGAAGUUCCUGUGCUGAAGCUCGUGUGCUCUGACACCCACAGCAGUGAGAUGGUCAUCUUUGCCUUCGUCACCAUCAAUGCGGUGUGUGCAAGUGUGGUCAUUUUUCUCUCCUACAUCUCUAUCAUCUGCACUGUGCUGAGGAUGUGCUCAGCACAGAGCAGGGCCAGAGCCUUCCACACCUGUGCCUCCCAUUUGGUGGCUGUUUCUAUGUAUUUUGGGACAGGAUUCUUCAUGUACCUACAACCUCCUUCUACCCACAGGAGCCUGGAUAAGGUGGCCUCCAUCAUCUAUACCAUCAUCACCCCCAUGCUUAACCCAUUCAUCUACAGCCUGAGGAACAAGGAGGUGAAGGGGGCUCUGGUGAAGUGCAGGAGCAGGCUCUUCAACCAUUGGCAACAUAAGAAAGUUCGAUCAUCUAGCACAGGCACAGUUCAUGUCAACUGA